CUGUGGGUGCAGGACCGCUUACCCUUGGCCACCCUGAAGGACCACGGCACCAACCUGCAGACGGUCCAACAGUUCAUCAAGAAGAACCAGAACCUCCGUCGGGAGAUCCAGGUCCAUCGUCCUCGCGUUGACGAGGUGCUGGAACGCGCCGGUGCCGUUGCCUCCAUCAAAAGUCCUGAAGCUGAAGGUGUCCGACGUCUUCUGGAGAAGUUGAGGACAACGUGGACGGAGCUCCAGGACCAGGCAGAACGUCGGCAGCAGGUUUUGGAUGCCACCUACCAACUGGAACAAUACUACUUCGACGUGGCCGAGGUGGAGUCAUGGUUGGGCGAGCAGGAGCUGCUGUUGAUGAGCGAGGAGAAGGGGAAGGAUGAGCAGAGCACCUUACAACUCCUCAAGAAACAUCUCCUGAUGGAACAAACGGUGGAGAACUACGAGGAGACCAUCGCUCAACUGUCCCGCCAGUGCCGCGCUCUUCUAGAACUUGGUCACCCUCAAAGUGAGCAGGUCAGCAGAAGACAGUCGCAGGUUGACCGACUCUACGUGUCUCUGAAGGAUCUGGUGGAGGAACGCAAGGCCAAGUUGGAGCAACAAUAUUGGCUCUACCAACUCAACCGGGAAGUGGACGAGUUGGAACAUUGGAUCGCUGAGAAGGAGGUGGUGGCUGGUUCUCCAGAGCUGGGACAGGACUUUGAACACGUCACGCUCCUCCAGGAGAAGUUCUUGGAGUUCGCCAGCGAGACGGGCAGCGUCGGCCAAGAACGAAUCGCCGCCGUCAACCAAAUGGUGGACGAGUUGAUCGACUACGGCCACGCCGACGCCGCCACCAUCGCCGAGUGGAAGGACGGAGUCAACGAAGCUUGGGCAGAUCUUCUGGAGUUGAUGGAAACCAGAGCUCAGAUGUUGGCAGCUUCUCACGAGUUACACAAGUUCUUCAACGAUUGUAAAGAAGUUUUGGGACAAAUCGAGGAGAAGAGACAACGUCUCCCAGAACUGGCGGCUCGAGAAGGUCGGACGUCGGCCGGAGCUUUGCAACGAGCCUUGGGCGUCUUUGAACAUGACGUCGAAGUCUUGGUGACCCAAGUGAGGCAACUUCAAGAAGGUGCUGCCCAGUUGAGGACACUCUACGCCGGGGACAAUGCCGAGGCCAUCGCCGGGAGGGAGCAGGAGGUCCUACGGGCGUGGAAGGAGCUCCUGGCUGCGUGUGAAGAGUGUCGGCUCCACGUGGCCAGCGUCGCCGAUAAGAUCCGGUUCGUGGGCACCGUGAGGGACCUUCUGGCCUGGAUGGAUGGUGUCCUCUGCCAGAUCGGCGCUGGAGAGAAGCCCAGGGACGUCUCCUCAGUGGAGCUGCUGAUGAACGACCACCAAGGUCUCAAGAACGAGAUGGAAGCCCGUGGCAAGAGCAUCUCCACCUGCCUGGAGCUCGGCAAGACCCUCAUCCUCGGCAAGAGCCCGGCGGCCGAUGAGAUCAAAACCCACGUGGAGAAGCUUAUUGCAAAGAAGAAGGAGAUGAUGGAGAAGUGGGACAAGCAUUGGGAGUGGCUACAACAGA